AUGGGCAAAAAUAAGAAGAAAACAGGCAAAAAAGCUAAAAGUCAUCCCCAUGUGGAAGACGUUGACGAAACCGUCAAUGAACAUGAAAAAAUAGUCAACCCUGUAAAUGAAUACGCUCCUUCAAAAAUUUCCACUGAUCCAGACACUGAUAGUAUCAUGGUCAAUGCAGACGAUAAGCAGGAAGAUCCAUCUAAAGGAGUAGAUAGACAAAAAGUCGGUGAUGACCCGACUACGCACACUAUCAACUCUUUAGAGGACAAAAAAGCUGAUGAUGAGAUAAAGGAGCUGAAAAAAGAAAUUGAACGUUUAAACUUGGAACUAAACGACAAGAAGAAUCAAGAAACACCUAAUGAAAACCUUAAAAAUGAACUGGCAAAUGUUAUUAAGGAAAAGGACGAAUUCAAAACACAAUAUGACACAUUAUUGAGCAAGAUAUCCUCUAUGAAAUCAAUUUUUAAUAAGAUGAAGGAAGCACAAAAGCAAUUAGAGGAAGUACAGGAGCAGCUUACUGAAUAUGAAUCACAAAACCUGAAACUGAAGAAAAAACUUGAAGCCACCAAAACUGAAAACUCUGAAUUGCAAUCAACGAUUGUGACUCUAAAUACAGAGUUAGAAAACUUGGAAAAGGAGCAAGAAAGUGCAGAAGAGAUUUUUUUGGAGUAUGAAUCAAGAAUAGAGGCUUUGCAAGAUGAAAAGCAGGACAUAAUUGAAAAUCAUAAUAAGGAACUUAAUACUUACAGGAAGGAAAAGGAUCAGCUAAAUGUUCAAGUUCAGGAACUCAUGAUAAUCUUAGAAAACAAUAAGCAAGACAUAUCAGACUUGAGGGCAGAAAGAGAUGAGUUGAGGCAGGCUUUGGAAUCCCAUGAAAAGGAGAAAAUAGUAUUAAAAAACUCGCUAAACGAUUUGGAAUUGAAGAUAGAAGAAGUUGACAACAAAAGGGGAGAGGAGGCUAGAGAGAAAGACCAGGAAAUCAAGGCUUUACGAUCUCAACUCGACAUGGAGUUAGAAUCACACAAUAAUGACAUGAAAACUUUGGAAAGUUUGAAAAACCAACUUGAAGUCAUGAAAGAGGACGCGUCUAUGAAGGAAAAAUAUGAGGAAGAAUCUAAGCAGCACAUCUUGCAGAUCGGAAAACUACGUCACGAAGCUAUCAUACUGAAUGAACAUUUAACGAAGGCCCUGGCUAUGUUGAAGAAAUCAAGCGAUUCUGAAUCCGUUGAUAAAGAGCUGAUAUCCAAUUUAUUAAUAUCUUUCGUUUCCAUACCCAGAGCAGAUCCAAGGAAGUUUGAAGUUCUUGAGUUACUGUCCAAUUUCUUAAACUGGGAUGAAGACAAGAAACAGCAGGCCGGUUUGAUCUCGAAUAAUGAACAGUCCAGAAACUCAAGCGCUGUAUCUAGAACAGAAAGCUUCGUAUCGCUUUGGACCAACUACCUCGAAAAGGAGAGUGAAAAAGACUGA